ACAAAGAUGAGUCGUGUUCCAGGGAAGAUGAAGAAAGUGGCAGUUCCGCCUGACAGUUCAGAAGACGAUAAUUUUGACGAUAGUGAUGAUGACAGAGACUGGAUUCCUAACCAUACAAGUGCCAGUGAAUGUUCUACAGGCUCUGAUGUUAGUAGUAAUGAUGACAACGGUGAUACAAGCGAGGAAGAACUGCCACUACCUUCAUGUUCUUCAGGAAAAUCUCCUAAGCCUAAACAACACUGGUGGGAUGUACCAAAUAACCUGAGUGAAAAACCACAUCCUGUUUGGACAGGUAAUGUUGGUGAACCAAAUUUAUUGCAGUUUCCUGUAGACUAUUUUCGUUCUUUGUUUAAUGAGCAAAUAAUAGACAACAUAGUUCAAGAGUCUAAUUUAUAUAGUGUGCAGAAGAACCCUAAUAAGCCUUUGAACACCAACAGAAAAGAAAUAGAGCAGUUUAUGGGCAUAUGUAUUUAUAUGUCUAUAUAUGGUCUUCCUCGCAGUCGCAUGUAUUGGUCUAGCAACACUCGUGUUGAAAAAGUUGCCGACAUCAUGUCUCGCGGGCGGUGGGAAGAACUCAAAGCAAAUUUGCACUUCAAUGACAACUCAAAAUUACCAGCAGGGAAUGAUGGCAACAAGGACAAACUUUUCAAAAUCCGUCCACUUUAUGAAGCACUUUGUUGCAAUUUCAAAAAAUUGCCAAUGGAUGAACAAAUGCUUUGUGUAGACGAACAGAUAGUGCCAUUCAAGGGCCAAAGUUCUUUGAAACAAUACAACCCUAAAAAGCCUAGCAAAUGGGGAUACAAAAUCUUUGUGCUGGCUGAUUCCAAGGGCCUCAUCAGAAACAUGGAAAUAUAUUCUGGACAAACAGAAGCUGUUACCAAUUUACCUAAUUUGGGAGCAAGCUCAAAUGUAGUUCUAAGAUUAGCUCAGAUUGUGCCACAGAACCAAAACUAUUUGUUGUAUUUUGACAAUUGGUUUUCAUCACCGGGCUUACUUGUAACACUCGGAAAACUUGGAAUUGGAUCUCUCAGUACUGUGAGGCUAAACAGAUACUCUGGUCUAUCUUUUUCCAGUGACAAGGAAAUGAAAAAGAAAGGAAGAGGUUGCAUUGAAGAGAAAGAAACAAACAUUGAUGGUAUUGAUAUCAGAGCAGUAAAAUGGUGCGAUAAUCGUUGUGUAGUAGUUUGCUCAACUUUCGAAUCUGCAUAUCCUGUUAGCAAUGUGAAAAGAUAUGACAGCAAACAGAAGACUUCAAUUGAAGUUUCAUGUCCCAGAGCAGUUACCACAUACAAUAAAUUCAUGGGAGUUGUGGACCUAAUGGAUGCUCUAAUAGCACGUGACUGCGACUCCCAAAAUCUUUGCAAAAAUGACCGCCUGGAUCUUCUGUACUUCAGAACUUCUGUUGCUGAACUUCUCUGCAAGCAUGGCAUCGAUAUGAAGAAGCGUGGCAGACCAUCAUCUUCUCAAGCUGCAUUAGACCACGAGUACAUGCUGAAGAAGAAAAAGAAAUCUGCCGCUGUCCUGCCAUCAUUUGUGUUGAAGAGGGAUGGACUGCUGACGGUGGAUGCUGAUCCAGACAUCCUGAAGUAA